UUAGCAGUCUUGGCUGGUGCUGUCCAACCGAAGGUAGCUCAAGCAGCCCACACUGUUCUCGAUUUUAUAUAUUAUGUGCAGUUUCAUUCGCAUACUUUGCAGUCCCUGAACGCUCUGCAAUCUGCACUAGAUGAAUUUCAUGAACAUGAGCAUAUUUUUGUGGACCUUGGCGUAUGUGGAGACUUCAACAUACCUAAACUGCACUCAAUGGUUCACUAUGUCGAAUCUAUCAAGUCCAGGGGUUCGGCCGAUGGCUUCAACACAGAGUUUCCUGAGCGGCUGCACGUAGACUUUGCAAAG